AUGGCAUCUGGCGGGGUCUACCCUUUAGACACUCAGCAGCUUCCUGGUGAGUUCCGCCCCCCCUUCAAGCUUUCCAGCUCCCGUCUCCGAUCGAUCUCGAACCUCAGCCGCCUCGGAAGGCUCCAUCUUUGCGACCGUGCUUUCGAUGAGAUCGGGUCCGAUCUGGUGGCGGGUUUUUUCCCAUCGCGAUGGACGACGAUUCCCCUGGCUUCCCUUCCCCAGAUUCAAGAAACAUUCCAACUCUAUUUCCAAUCCCUCGCAACCAUGGCUUCCAUUUCGCCUGCUAACUUCUCCGCGCCGGUGCCCGCUUCGACGGGGUAUCCGGUGCCUUCCAUUACAGCUGCUGCACAACCCGAAACUCCAACCAGAGGUGCCUUUGGCACUGAGUUCUUUAAGAUCUUUGCAGGCCCCAAGAAGGUGACUCGAGAUGGUACUGCACCCAAACGUCGCGGGCCCAAACCCGAUAGCAAGCCCGCUCUCACUCGACGACAGGAGCUGAAUCGCCAAGCUCAGAGGACACAUCGCGAGCGCAAGGAACAAUACAUGCGAGCUUUGGAGACCGAGGUCUCGCGGUUGCGGGAGGCUUAUACCACGGAAAUCUCCGAUGCGAACGUUGCUCUUCAACAACACAAGGAAAUGCUUCACGUGGUGCGAAAUGAGAAUGAAGUCUUGAAGGAAAUAUUGGCCGCACACGGCAUCAAUUAUGCUGCCGAGUUAGAGCAACGGAUGGCUGAGCGUGGUCCGCUGGCUGGUUUCCAGUCGAGUCCCGUCGCAGCUAGCAGCACUGGAUCAAAUACCGCCCCUUUCACCAAUGCGACUAGCAACCAGAAUGUCACACCAGCAACUUCGAUUUCAACCGGGCUAAGUCCUCAAGCGACCGGCGGCGUGGAGCAUCCCGAUGUUUCUCCCCCGAUGGGUUUCGUGCCUCAGCAGCAAGUAUACCACGCGAGUCCGAAUGAGAACCUGGGAUUGGACCGGUCUGCGUGCCAGGUGGUCGAUACACCCGUGCCAGCGAUGCGCGGUGUCUUCGAGAGUGACCCACAGCUUCAGAUUGACUUCAUCUUAACACUCGAAGGCCCCUGCCGUGAACAUACUGACUACCUCUGCCGUCGUUCUAUCACCGAAGCCGACGAUGAGGAUAUGCCCUUCUCCGGCCACGCCCUGAUGGCCACCUGCCCACCACCCAGUUACAUCGCCAACACUACCCCCGAACAGGCUUACCCACACAAGACCUACGAUCUGCCUCUCGCCAAUCUCGGCACUUUGCUCAACCUGAGUCGCCAGCUCGUCACGGACGGUCAGAUCACGCCUAUCAUGGCGCUGCAAUGUCUGAAGAAUCACGAACUAUAUCACUCACUCAGCCGCGACGACAUCAAGAUUAUUAUCGAGACGCUAAACACCAAGGUCCGCUGUUACGGCUUUGGGGCCGUUGUCGAAGACUUUGAGCUUAUCGAUUGUUUGAGUAGUGUGCUGGGCACGACGGUGGACUUGAGCGUGUCCCGUGUCCGGGACGACUCGAUGUACGCUUGA